CUGGCGAGGGGCGUGGAUGUAGUAAUUAUUAGACAUAAAACAUUUUUAAGGUGAUUCCUAAGAUGUCCUCAUCAAACCCUUGUCCACACAAGUGUAAUUGAAGCUUGAUCUUUUACAAUUCAACAAUAAACUGGUGAAGCUAUAAUUUUAAUGAAAACAAGUAGGACCAAAUCAAUUUCCAUUAGAUUUGUCAAGAGGAGGUGGGGAAGGGCUUUCCUGGCCAUUGUUCAAGACUGACUCAAAAACAGAAGCAUAGAUCAACCCUAUUUCCUGCAGCUUGACUAGUUGGCGGCAGCCCACAACCACAAAGCCCCAAUUCUAGUUUCACCCCCCGCCCAACACACACACACACAUUGUUUGUGUCAUAAAACAGUUGGACCCCGUGACUUGAGCCUAUGUCAUCUGCAUGACUUACCUUUUGCGAAAUGGCCACAACAACCCUUCACGCCUGGUCCACAUGUUCGCUCAGGUUCCUUCACCAGAAACCAGCGUUUUUCUCUCUGACAUUUUAAAAUGAAGUUAACCACAGAGGGCAAGCGUCUUUAACGUUCAGACUCGCCAAGAGCUCCAUAAAAAGAUAAUUUUUCAACCACUUGUAAAUGGAUUCACGGUUUAUCUCGGUUACCACAUACAAUGGAAUUAAAUAAUCCUUGAAUCAAUACAGCCAUGGUAGAUUAAAUACAGAGGAUGUCACUGGGCCUAUUGAAGAGGAGAUGUGUUGCCCUCAGGGCAAAACACAAUGCUAAGUAGAAGGGAUGCAGCCGCUCACAUGAUUGUGCUGUGACUGUCUUCUGAGGCUGUUGGUGUGUGAAUAUGUUUUUGAAUCGAUGAGAGAGUGAGCGCCUCACUGCUCUCAUUGUCCUCCAUGUAAGGCUGAUGAGAAGCACCAGUCCGUGGGCUGCCAUCUGCCUGAGCGUCACCACCCGGACAGGCUCUGACCGAUGAUCUGGAGGACCAACGCGGGCGGGAUCCCUUAAAAUGGGAAACUGAAAAUUAGGCUGUGAAUACGCUCCCUUUUUUACGGAAUCGCUUCAGAGCAGCCUUUCUUCAGAUCGUCUUCGAGACGGCAGCGUUGUGGAGCUACGCUCAGACACAUCAGACCAGACUCCUCACGGGAAACUCCCUUGUGAAACAACUUCCCUCUGGAUUAUCUGACACUGUGAACACCUGCUGCUCACUUACUCUGCUCAGAUGGGAGCUGCAUUUAAGAAGUUCUGCAUACAGUUCUGCUGCUGCUGUUGUGCCGCCGAUGAAGAUGAUGAGGAUGAGAAGCAGCCAUUACUACCUCCGGACCCACUGGAGUAUUUUAACCGUGAGGUCCAGAAGCGUCGUGAUGAGGAGACCAACCUGUGGAGUGAGCCAGGAGACCCCAGCCACUCAGAGAGGGAUGACGACCGGGUCCUUUACGGCCUGCUGCAGGCCAGGACCAAGACCCGCAUGGGAUCCACGGGCUAUCGUCGUCUGAGCUGCGACAUCGAGGCCAUGAGAGACACCCGGCGAGAGGUCAGAGACAAGUGGAGGACAAUUCUGGAGCAUCUAGGUUUCAUGGCGGAGGCAGACUCGCUGCUGACGGUGUCCGCCGGCACGUCUAGUGACCGCAUGCGCAAUGCUGCGGCAGCACGUGCCCUCCUCCACUCGCUCCACACCGAGACGGCCCUCUUCGACACCAAAGGCCCGCCCCCUGAGAGAUAUCUCUUCAUCCUGGAUCGUCUCCUGUAUCUAGAUAUAGGCGAAGAUUUCCUGUCAGUGGCAAAGCGCUUCUAUCCGCCCAGGGAUAGCUCCGAUGAGGACGUGAACGGCCUUGGCAUAAACCUGCCGCUGCUGCUGGCCAGGGUGGAGGCCAUGAACGGGGCAGCCGGCGACGAUAGCGAUAGAGAUGAUAGAAGUGACAGAUCCUAAGAUCUACUGGCUGCAAUAAUAACAGACACAAGGCAGGGGGCAGUAGUCAUCAACCCUUGAGACCCUGGAUGAAUUGUAUAGCUCCUUUCUUCAAGUGCCUCAUACAGUGUUGCUGCUGCUCUUUGGAAGUUUUAGGCUGAAGAUUUUUCUUGUUUCUCCCCCAACUGCAUAGCUUGAGUGUUAUUAUGUGUUCUCUGGUCAAAAUCUAAAAGGGUUUCAGCAGAUUUCCAGGUGAAUGUUACAGACAUGUUUAUUGUGAGUGUGUGUUCUUUUUUCCUCUGUCUACCAAAAAGUUCCCAGCCUGUUUAUUGUUCAGCUGUUGUGAACCUUCAGGGUAGCGAUGUUCCUUUUAGCAGAACCUCUUUAUAUUUUGUCCUAUGAUUAUCAGCACUCAUUUCAUUCAAUCACAUGAUUGGUAGCAACACAGAAAAAAAAAAAAUUGCUCGGUAUAAUUAACACUUUUAACUAAUUAAAGUCUGCAGAGUUGACUUUAGAGAAAGAGCAGAGGGAAGUACAAUGAAGUUAGUACUGUAAGUUGAACUUUUAAAAUGUGUGUGUGUGACGUUCAGGUGAGGUGAGGGAGUUUUUGUUUCCCUCCAGCAAGUUGCUGAAAAUGUGAAACAUUUCUAAACUGGUGGCACUUUGCGUGUGUGUUGUGGUGUCCAGUUCAUGAUGAAAUAAAGUUGCAGUCUAAAGCCUGA